AUGCGCAUCAAUUUCGCCCCCGUGAUUCUUACAUUGGCCGUCGCCAGCUCAGUCUAUGCUGCCCCUGCACCUGCUCAUCUGGCCAAGCGAAACUGGGUCUCCGACAAGCUGAAGGAUCUCGUUGAGAAGGCCCUCAACACUCUUGAGUGUGGUGCUUGCACGGCUGCUUUGGUCGGGGUCAAGGACGUCGCCUGGUUGAACAAGAACUGGGUCAUCGAUGCCUUGUCCGACAUUUGCCCCAAGGUGUCCAAGCUCACCCCUGAAGUCUGCACAGGCUCUGUCAAGCUGGAAGGCCCUGCUCUGUUGGAUGCCCUUCUCAAGGCUGACCUCCUCAGCGGUGAUGCGAAGUUUAUCUGCUACCAAGUGGCCGGUAUCUGUGCACCACCAUCUAUCUCUUCUGGAUCCCUUAAGUUCCCUAAGCCAAGACCUGCCAAUGCUGUCCCCCCUGCAUCCAGCGGCAAGCUGAUCGAUGUUCUCCACCUAUCCGACUGGCAUGUGGACGCCGGAUACAUCCCCGGCUCCGAAGCUGAGUGCGACCAACCCCUGUGCUGCCGCAAGCACAGCAACUCGCCCGCAGUCCCCAAGCGCAAGGCCUCAACUUGGGGCGACUACCAUUGCGAUGUUCCCAUCAAGCUGGGCCAGAACAUGAUGACCUACGUCCCCACCGUUGCCAACGUCUCCUUUGGUAUCUUGACCGGCGAUGUCCCCCCUCACGACAUCUGGGCCCAAACCCAACAGACAGUUGUCCCCCAGACCGCCAACGCCUACGGUGUCAUGGCCACCCUCGGAACCAAAAUCUACCCGACCAUCGGAAACCACGAGGCCGGCCCGUCCAACCUCUACCCUACCACUUCUUCGGGCGGUAGUGUCCAGUGGUUGUACAACAGCCUGGCCGACGACUGGUCCCGCUGGCUCCCAGCCGAGGCAGUCAGCUCUGUCAAGUCCAACUAUGGUGCCUAUAAUGUCAGCCCCGCCCCCGGUCUUCGUAUCAUCUCCCUUAACACCAACUUCUGCUACAACAUGAACUUCUACCUCUACGCCGAGAUCUCCGACUACGACCCCAACGGUGAACUCAAGUGGCUCGUUGUCCAGCUUCAGGCUGCCGAGGAUGCCGGUGAGCGCGUCUGGAUUAUUGGUCAUGUCAGCCCUUCCAUGACCAGCUGCAUCAUGAACUGGUCCAGCCUCUACUACCAAGCCGUCCAGCGCUACUCGCCCCAUGUCAUUGCCGAGCAGUUCUUUGGACACUCCCAUUACGAUGAAUUCGCCCUCUCCUACGGACCAGGCGCCAAGACUGCCCAGAACGCCAUCGCAACCGCCUGGAUCGGACCCUCCACCACCACCUACACCAACCUCAACCCCGGUUUCCGUACCUACAAGGUCGACACCAAGUCCUGGAACAUCUUUGACUCUCAGACCUACAUCGCCGACAUGAACCUCGCUCCCACCUGGGACGCGACCGGCGCAACUCCCAACUGGCACCUUGAGUACUCAGCCCGUCAAACCUACUCGGCCUAUGUCCCCAUCGCUGACGACAAGCCCCUGAGCGCCAGCUGGUGGCACGACGUUACCAAGGCCUUCGAGACCAACCCAGCCGCCUUCCAGACCUACUGGAAGCUCCGUAGCAAGUCUUCCGGUCUCCAACUCGCCUGCCCUGCUGGCGGCCCUUGCCCCGCCGAGAUGAUUUGCAACCUCCGCGCCGGCAAGAGCUCCGACUCUUGCACAAAGAUCGCUCUUAAGCUCUCCAGACGCAGCGACGUCGACAGUGAGGUCACCCCCGUUGCAGCUGUUAUUGCGGGUGCCAACCGUAUCCUCAAGCGUUCCGAGCCUGCUGCCGCCGCCCAGAGCAACCUCUGGAACGAGAACCUCUGCAUUUAA